AUGGCUGACGCUCCAGAGCCACCCAGGCAUCCCCCGAGCACCCAAACAUCCUCUCAUCUACAGUACCCGACCUUCCCGCCGCUCUCAGCCUCCGUUCAAGAGUGGUUGUCCCGCUCUCGUCCAGCCAACAACAUGACGUCAGAACAACACCUCUCGCUGGCUGCAAGGUCCUUGGGUGAUAGCUGGGCAGACCUGAGCGUGUCCGAUCUACACUCUGAAGAUGGAAGCCGCUCCGAACAUACCGAUGUGGGGUCGUUGAUCGACCAAACUAGCCCCGACGAUGUAGCCAGUCUCGACGAGCGAUACAGCAGCAGCGAAGUCGGUGGCCCGGACGAGGAGUAUACUCAGGAAGACGAGGAUGUUGCCAGAGACGAGCUGCAGGACUCGGUAGUUUCUCAGCAGUUCCCGAUAUUUUUCCCUCAGGACGAGACUGCGAUCGACGAUAGCGACCUGACUACCCGCCCCGCUUUCCGUCAGUCGAUCGACUCGAUCGAGUUUGUGGAACCUGACAAAUGGCCAGAGAGGGAGCGAAUCGAGCUGAAGCAUACGAUCCACAUCUUCGAUGAUGCGGAAGCUGCCAAACUGAAGGAGUCGCUGCCACAUAAUGUGGACGGGGCGAUCCUGAUGACCACGGUUCAGCAGACCAUGACAAAGGGGAGUCUGGACCUGGAUAAGCCAUAUCGUGUGUUGUAUAUUGGUCAGCCAGCCUCCCGGAACAUCAUCCUGGACAAGAUUGGCGAUGUCUUGGUAUCGAGCUCCACCAGCGGAUCGCAGACUAGCUCUGCCAACUCCUCCAGAUACCAUGUGGUACCCACCUCGUUCGGAGCUGGUGCCGUACCCAACUUUGCGGAACUGCUCCCGAUUCAUGUCCAGCUUGUUGUGGACGAGUGCAAGGGAGCGAGUGCCGAGUCUCACGACACUCGACCCAGCACCUUGCAUUUAGAUUUCAAGAACCGCCCGGCAUGCCGCUCAUGGUGGGAUGGCGAUCAAUAUCGGAUCUCGUCUGCUUCAGAGUGGACUUUACCAGAUGUGGCAAUCUUGUUCUUGUCUGAUAGAGACAGUCCAACCACCAUUCAAACACAACAUUAUGUUCAUGCUUUCUUGGGGCGCCAUGGAAUCCCUGCCAUGGUGAUCUCAGAGGAGCCGCUCUGGAGGCGAGCUGGUGAGCCCAUUCCUUUGAACCACAACAGUCUGCACAUGUGCCUGGAAUCUCGACACCCGAAGACCGGGGAGACCGCCGUGCUGCGCCGGUACCCCAUCGAUUUGAAGACGUUCGAGAGUAUCACACCCGGUCAGCUCAACCGGAACUUGGCUUCGCUUAUGGACCUCUAUCCCAAGAAGAUCCCCAAAGUUGCUGCUGAUGCUCCGAGACCGGUUGAAAUAUACUCAUCCAAUGACCCGGAGAAGUACCCUCGCAACUGGCUCCCACCGUCAUAUUCUUCCAAGGCUCGGGAGCUGGGCCCCAUGCUGCGCCUUGUCACGUUGACCCUGAUUUCCGCCAUUGCUCUCUCAAUCGGAUAUGCGGCUGUCAGUGUUGUGUGUGUUUCUUUUUCACGUUGGAUUUCUGGACGGGGCAUUCCCAACACUGGAUCUCAACUAAGUACUCCUCUUCUAUCAACUUCCGUGGCAGUCCUCAAAGUGCCGCAGAGUUCUUCGGGUUCGGUAUGGCCGCAGAGUCAAUCAUGCCACCCCCACAGCAAAACCCCGGGGAUCAUCGAUCACGUUGCCAAACUUACCAUUGCCGAGUCGAGCGCAUCUGGAAGUCCGGACGUUUUUGAGAUUCAAGUUGUUGGCGACUGCCAUGUGGUUAUCAAGCCCCCUCGCAGUUUUGUCACGUAUAAGAAGCAACCACUCUUCAAUGUGAGCGCUCGACGAUACGAGAAGUCUCUGCCCUAUGAGCUCUCCAAGCUGUUUGACGGGGUCUAUACACUACGGCUGGACCGAGAGGAUGCAUAUGGCUCGGUUAAUGUCACCGUGUCGGCCAAGUCGAAGCCACCCAUCAACCAAGUCACCACUGUCGACUUUGGAACUCCCUGGCUGAAGAUUGCAAGCUGGAGACGGGCAGCCCGACAGGUAUCCUCACAAGUCACGAAAGACCUGCAGAUUGCCCAAACUAGCCUGGCUGAAGUGUAUGGUCGGGUCUCCACCGAUGUGCAGGUGAGAAUGGGCGAUCUGGUCAAGCGGUCUCAUUUCCUGCACCAGGACACCCUACAACGCCAGAGCCUUCUUGCUCGGGAUACCGUCCUCUCGCACUCCAAGCAACUCUCCGAGGUGAUCACUCGCAAUGCCCUGGAACAGUUCCGAACUGUCUCUUCUCUGGUGCACAGCCGUUCUGUGCGAGUCAAUCAGGAGGCCCGGGGGCUUGUCACUCAUGCUUGGAAUCGUUUGGGCAAUUCCGCCGCGCAGGUCAACGUCCACUCCAUGAUGGAUCGAGUGCGUAGUGCCAAGUGUGCCACGUUAGAUCGGGCUCAGGCACGAGCACGCCGCUUUGUGGGGCGCCAGGAUGGUGAUUGA